UGGGAGUAGGCUUUGUAGGAUGCAAGAAAAAUAAUGCUCUAGAGCGAAUUUAUUCAAAUUAGCGUAAUUUCUUUCCAAGACUCGGAGUCUAGAGAAGACCCAUUAUUUUCAGUAUUGAAAAUUAAUCGCUUAAAUACGUGGAGAUCAUUAUAUUUCAUUGUAAAAAAAUGCAGUAUUCUCGAACGACAGUCAUGAGAACUGCCAAGUUUUAGGCAACGUUAAAGAUAAAAUAAAAAUUAUAUAUAUAUAUAUUUUUUUUAUAACUACAUAUAUUUUUGAUACUAUGGAUAAGGAGCGAAAUAUGAAGUUUUACUUUGUAUACACCAGAUUAUCCAUGCUAUGCUUGGGGAUUUGGCCUUAUCAGUCUUGGUCAUCUAUGCUUACCUUGCGUUCUUUGUGGGUAAUUCAACAUAUUAGUAUCUUGUUACCCGAGGGGAUUAAAAUCUACAAAAAUCGAAAGAAUUUAAAUUCAAUUAUUGACGGCCUUCCUCCGUUCAUAUACAACGUAGUUAUAGCAAUAAAAUUCAUAAACGGAAUCAUAAAUCAACACAAGAUAAAAUCUAUAUUGGAAAAAAUCAAGAAUGAUUGGAAUCAACUAUCGGAGAAAAAGGAAAUCGAAAUGCUACGUGAUUACAGUGAUACGGGAAAAGCUUUUAAUACCGUAUACCUGAGUUUAGUGACCGUCAUUUUACUAUCUUACAUGCUCAUUCCGAUGUUGCCAGCCGCUUUGGACCUCGUAAAUCCUCUUAAUGAGUCCAGGCCUACAAGCCCGCUUUACCUGGUAGAACUGUAUAUUGAUCAAGACAAAUACUUCUAUUCCGUUUUAACACACGCAUACAUCACCUCGCUUGCCGGUAUACUACCGCUUUUCGCAAUUGAUUCUUUAUUUUCAAGUUGUGCUCAUCAUGCUUGUGGAAUGAUCGAAAUCCUGGGCGGCCGGUUAGAAAAUAUAAUAAAUGAGGAAGCUUCGAUAAAAGAAAUUGACAAUAAUGAGGAAGAAAAGAAUGCUAUUGCGUGUGUUAUUGAGCACCGAGGUGUAAUAAAAUACUGCGAGAGCAUCAAUUCGUUGUACAGUACGUCCUUUUUCUUUGUGCUGAGCUUUGCGAUCGUGAUGAUGAGCGUUACUGGAUUUGUGUUUUUUUUUUCUACGCGAGUACAGGCUGUCAUUAAAAUGGGCGAAGAGUUUAAGGAUAGUAUAAGAUUUGCUAUGUUUACCUUUGCCCAAAUAUUUCAUAUGUUUUGUUAUUAUUUUUUGGGAGAAAUUGUCUUGCAUCACGAAGAAAAAUUGAAAGAUUACGCGAGUAAUUUGAAUUGGUAUAAAGCUUCUCCAAAAACUAAAUAUAUUAUCAAAUUUAUGAUAAUGCGGGCUUUGAAACCUACUACAAUGCGGGCAAUAAUUUUUCCACUAACUUUAGAAAAUUUCACAACUUUAAUGAAAACGACAAUGUCGUAUUUUACCGUUAUUAAGUCUACUAGAUGAGUCGCAGAAUGAAAUUCCAAUAAGAAGUAAAAAUGUGCUGUGGUUAACAUAUAUGUAUAGUAAAGCUUGAAAAUUUAUUCUUGUAACUACUUACACGUUGUUAUGAAAUAAAUAGUAUUUUCUCA